CAAAGUCUUGCGGAGCCUUCAGUAGUCGUCGAACCCUCGCGCAGACGAGAGAGAGAGAGGUGUUGCCCGACCGGGGCACCGAGACGCGCCAACAUGCUGAAGGCGUUCGAGGACGUGCAGAAGCAGGUCCUGAAGCAAGUCUGGAAGUCGACCAGCAUCGACAAUGCGAUCUUCAGGCUGCACUACCGCCUCACCUUUUGGAUCCUCCUGACGGCCACGAUUCUGGUGUCUAGCCGGCAGUACAUCGGCGAGCACAUCCGCUGCAUCGCCGGCAGCAUCCCCGGCCACGUGGUGGAGACGUACUGCUUCUUCACGACCACCUUCACCGUGCCCCGGCACAACAACGACUCGCAGGUGCCGCACCCGGGCGUCGGGCCGCUGGGCCGCGGCGACCUGGAGGACGAGUCGGUCGUGCACCACGCCUACUACCAGUGGGUGCCGUUCGUGCUCUUCGGCCAGGCCAUCAUGUUCUACCUGCCGCACCUGCUGUGGCGCAUCUCCGAGGGCGGCACCAUCAAGGUGCUCGUCAACGGCCUCGAGUACGGCUACGUGGCGCUGCACGACCACGAGGUGGGCCGCGCGCCCUCCAAGCCCAAGUACAUGCAUCAGGUCGGCGUGGUGCGCACGGCCUUCGUGAGCAGGCUGCGGCUCAACCGCUGGUGGGGCCAGUGGCUGAUCGCCGCCGAGCUGCUCAACGCCGUGAACCUCCUGUGUCAGUUCUUCAUCACCGACUGGUUCCUGGGCGGGCGGUUCUCUGAUCUAGGCUCCUCGGUGCUGGAGCAGCGGCCCGUGGACCCGGACCCGCUCGACAUUGUCUUCCCCAAGGUGACCAAGUGCAUCUUUAGGAAGUUCGGUCCGACGGGCACGAUCCAGACGCACGACGCGCUGUGCGUCAUGGCCCUCAACGUCAUCAACGAGAAGAUCUACACGUUCCUGUGGUUCUGGUACGUGGUCCUGGGCGUGUUCACCGCCCUGGGGCUCGUCUGGCGCGUGCUCACGCUCGUGCUGCACCACCGCUCCGACCGCUUCAACGAGGCCCUGUUCCAACACGACGGCCGCCUGGACCCCAACGACUUCGAGACGGUCAUCAGCAAGUGCGACUUUUCGCACUGGCUCUUCCUCUACUACCUGUGCAAGAACAUGCACUUUACCGCCAAGAUGAAGCUGUUUGAGGACCUGGCCGAGGAGAUGCGAGACCUCAAGAGCAACGGGUACCACAACCGGGCCACGCUGCCGCGCAGCGACCCGCCGUCCUACACGGGCAGCCCGCUCCGGGACCGCAACCACGUCAGGGAGACCAACCUGGACGAGCCCGACGGCCGCAUGGCGCAGCCGCUGCUGCCCGAGGCCCAGGACCAGCAGGGUCAGGAGCAGGAGCGCCCGCACAGCGACUAGCGCAGCGAGCGAGCGCUCGAAACGUCUUAGU